AUGGUCCAGCACCAUCUUGCACCGAGGGAGAAUAUCUACCCCGGUUCCUUCACCCAACACCACAUCAUGGAGAACACCUGCAGAAUCAUUGAUGUCAUCAUUAGUGGACCACUGAACAGCACAAAGUACAAAACCACCACUGGGGAAUAUGUGAUCUACUGGACACCAACUGCAGAAAACUAUGGACAACACUUUCCAUUUUGUUUCAUCGCAGAAGGACAAUACGGGUUUGAUAUUUACCAGUCUGAGAUGAGAUGCGUUGUUGCAAAGGUGAAUGCUGAAGGACCGGUGACACAUGUAACCUGCACUCAAAACUCAAUGUCAGUGACAAUUGAGAGAUCCUCCAUCAAAAACCUCCAUGGUGACCAUUUGAGACUGAUAAAUCCGUCUUGUCAGGUUUACACCAACAGUACCUACGUGUUCACCAACACACUUCUAAAUGAAUGUGGUACUCAGAUUGAAGAGAACAAUAAUGAACUCAUCUUCAAGAAUAAAAUCAUUACAUUCGAUGAUCCCAGGGACAUUAUAACCAGAAAGAAUAAGCUAGAAAUUGAAAUUCUGUGCAAGUACCAGAAAAGAACCAACGUUACACUGGAGUUUGAUACUCACAGACCACCAGUCAUCAUCUCAGAAAAAGGUUUUGGCACAUUCAACUAUCAGUUUGAGUUUUAUGUUUCGGAAAAUUUCCACACCAGCAGAGGCUCAGAAUCUUACCCGCUUGAGUACGACGUGGGCGAUAAGAUCUACAUGAAGAUCGAGCCUGUCACUCCAGUCCUAAACACUGAGAUCUUCCUUGAGUCCUGUGUGGCUACACCUUACGAUAAUCCCAAUUACCCAAUCUCCUAUCCCAUCAUAAAGAACGGAUGCAACGUGGAUGAAACUGUUCAGUUUUUCUCAAGCCACCAACAAUAUGUCCAGUUUGAAAUGGAGGCCUUCAAAUUCAUUGAAUUCCAUGACCAGGUGUUCAUCAGCUGCUCAAUCAUCAUAUGCCAGGCCAACAAUCCCAACACCCGCUGCUCUCAGGGCUGUGUCAACAGCACAGUCGCUCCACCGUCCCACCACCAACACAAAAGAGAGGCUCCCAUCCAGACCAGCAGUCACUUCAUCUCCCAGGGGCCCCUGCGGCUAAAGAGGAGGGCAUCACAGGCCACCGUAAGCCCGGGACUGAAUCUAAACCUCGUCGUCAUCGCUCUUUGUCUCGUGGCAACAGUUACCAUGGUGUGUGGAGUGAUCGUCUACCGAGUCAGAGGGCAAAGGAUGGGAUACAAACCUGUGCCAUCACAUGAGUUUUAGUCAUGUCAGCUGAUUUUUUUUUUUUUUUUUUCAAAGCAUAAUGCUUCAUUUUUCCUGUGAAAACAGAAAAUUAACAAAACUACCAGUGUGCUUUCAAAAGUUGUGAUGGGAAUCCCUGGACAAUGUGUGUAUUGUCCUUAUCUUAUUAUUAUUUUCAGUAAAGUAAUAU